AUGAAGUUGUGGAUAGCUGCUCUGAUUUUGACUUUUGGCUGCUUCUUACCAUCAUUUGGUGAAGACGAAGUGGAGUCCAGAAUUCUAGUUUCAAAGAACAUUCUGAACAGAUAUGCUGUUGAAAGAAAGGACCUAACAAUAGAAUAUAAAAUAUACAACAUUGGCAAAAGUGCAGUCUACGGUGUAGUGUUGAAAGACCAUGGCUUUCCAGACACUGCCUUUAGUACUGUCAGUGGCAGCCGCCAAGUCAGAUGGGAGAGAAUAUCUCCACAGACUAAUAUAACCCAUGUAUUGGUCGUGAGACCUUUGAUUUCUGGACACUAUAACUUCACUGCAGCAGAGGUCAGCUAUCUCACAUCAGAGGAGGAAGGUUCACGGAGAUUUUUUGUAUCCUCCAGUUUCCCUGGAGAGGGAUUUAUUGUGCCACAAAAAGAGUUUGAACGCAGAUUUUCAUCACACACGUUGGACUGGCUGGUAUUUGGCAUCAUGACUCUGCCAUCACUUGGGAUGCCUUUCAUGCUGUGGUUCAAGUCAAAAAAUAGAUACGACCCAUCAAAACCCAAGAGUAGUUAA